GUGGAGUUGGCCCGCUUCUAAUCCUUAUUGCAAUGCGCAAAGACGCACAAAACCCAAUGAGCGUUAGGAGAUUACGAAAACCAGAUGCAAAUUAUUCACAUGUGUUGUGUUUAGCAAUAAAAUACAACUGUGUGUGAUGGUAAUCCGCGCAAAGUCGUCUUAUUCUUCUGUUGACUAAUUGGGCACUUUGAGCAACAUCUUGUUUCAGCAUUGCGCUCCCACGCAAAUUUAGCGCGAAGUCUCUUUGGUUUGGCCCACCCGUGUCUGGUUGGCAGAGCGACAGCGCGUCUCUGCCUGGAAGGGGUUAGAGGGUUUGCUUGUUUCCAGUGCUGCUCAUUCUCUCUCAAGGAGGAGGAACGAGAGGAGCGCGCAACCAAAGCAGCAGAGUUUGGAGACCCACAGUAUUCAGAUCGGAUGUUGAGACCUUCACGCCAAUGAGAACCUGCUAAAUAUACCCACCGGUGCCUGUCCACGCGCGACAGAGGACGGAAAUCAGUCAUUUAAGGGAGUGACCCGACUGCGCGCCCGCAGAAGCGCCCACAACCCAGCUGGCAACGGAGACGCGCUGUCAAGUCCCUCUAGACUUUGGAUUAUGAAAUUGUAGCUACUACGGCGCUGGUUUAUUGAGAGUUUGCAGACUGAGGAUGAAGUGUUUUGUUCUGCACGGUAUGGAAAAGAAGUCACCGGUGUGUAAGUGACAGGAUGCGCUCCGCCUGACGCGCUCUCUCCAGCCUCAUACAAACUACCGUGUGGAUUCAGAAAUAUCAAGUACAAAAUCCAGAGGAUUUAAGUGAACAGACCGAAGUGUUUGAGGAUGUAUUGGCUUUUGCUGUUUGUGACUCUAACGGGCUUGUCCGUCGUUCGCGCUCUAACGGAAAGUCCCUGCGGUUCAACAAUCACGAUCAACAGCGCCGGGUAUGUGACCUCUCCCGGUUACCCGACUGGAUACCCGGUAAACCAGCAGUGCACGUGGCUGAUCCAAGCGCCAGAUCCACAGCAGAAGAUUCUCAUUAACUUCAACCCGCACUUCGACCUGGAGAGCAGGGAAUGCAAGUAUGAUUUUGUACAGGUGUUUGAUGGUGCAGAUGAGCAGGCUUUCUCUCCUGGGAGGUUCUGCGGCAAAAUCGCUCCAUCUCCAAUCAUCUCUAGUGGAAACGCUCUGCUCAUUAAAUUCACCUCUGACUAUGAAAGCACAGGUGCUGGAUUCAGCAUCCGCUACGAGAUACACCGUACAGGUACUGAAUGUUCCAGAAAUUUCACGGCACCACAUGGAGUAAUUCAAACCCCUGGUUACCCUGAAAAGUACCCGAACAAUCUCGAGUGCACCUUUAUCAUCUUCGCACCCAAGAUGGCAGAGAUCGUCCUGGACUUCCAGAGCUUCAGUAUGGAACCAGACACAACUGCACCUGCUGGGGCUGUCUGCAGAUUUGACUAUCUGGAGAUUUGGGACGGAUAUCCAACAGUCGGUCCUCAUAUUGGUCGGUACUGUGGCUCUAGGCACCCGGGCCAUAUUAUCUCCUACACGGGCGUUCUCUCUCUCAGUAUCCACACAGAUAACGCCAUCGCCAAGGAAGGAUUUUCAGCCUACUACAGCAUCCGAAGCACCCCGGAGCCAUCCCAGGAGCACAAUGGUGAAUGCAUGUCUCCUUUAGGGAUGGCAAGUGGUGAGAUCACAGAUGACAGAAUCACUGCAUCCUCACAGUAUAAUCCCAGCUGGUCUCCAUUGCGCUCCAGACUUCAAUACCCUGACAACGGAUGGACGCCAUCAGAUGACUCGGCUAAGGAAUGGAUACAGGUGGAUUUGGGGUUCCUGCGGUAUGUGACGGCCAUAGGAACACAAGGUGCCAUAUCGAAGGAAACUAAAAAAGCUUAUUUUGUCAAAACGUACAAGAUAAGUGUGAGCUCAAAUGCAGAGGACUGGAUCAUAAUCAAAGAUAAAACCAAACAGAUUGUGUUUCAGGGAAAUCAAAAUCCCACGGAUGAGGCGAUAGCCCUGCUGCCCAAACCCACCCUCACACGUUACGUACGGAUUCGACCUUUGACCUGGGAACAGGGCAUCUGUAUGCGUUUUGAGGUGUAUGGCUGUAAAAUAUCAGAUGCUCCAUGCUCCAGUAUGUUAGGGAUGGUUUCGGGUCAGAUUUCUGACGCUCAAAUCUCGGUGUGGCCUGCAGCAGAGAGGGGCUGGCUUCCCGAACAGGCCCGGCUGCUGACCGGGCGUACGGGCUGGGUGGUUGCUCACCCGCAGGUUCUUGGGAAGAACCAAUCACUGGAGCUGGAUCUGGGAGCCCAGCGGAUGGUAACGGGUCUCAUCAUGCAGGGAGGCAAAUAUAGAGACAUGAAUAUUUUCAUCAAACGCUUCAGAGUCAUGUAUAGCACUAAUGGAACUGACUGGACUUACAUACAGGAGGAGGACAGCAACAAAGUGAAGGUGUUUACGGGUAACUUAAACCAAGAUACCCCAGAAGUGCGUACAUUUGAUCCAGUGAUUAUGCGAUUCCUGCGUGUCUAUCCUGAACGGGGCACAACUGAAGGCAUGGGGUUAAGACUGGAGGUUCUAGGGUGUGACCUGCAUGAGCCCACAACACCUUUCCCCAUCACAACCACUAUGGAAACCACCGCAGCUCCAGUCACGAAUGUCUCAUCGAAUAUUCUAACAACUAGCUUCCUUCCAACGACAACAAUGGAGAAUUGUGACGAUGACGGCAACUGCCAUAGCGAUACAGAGAUAGACUACAAUCCAACAGAGACUGAAGUGGCCGAGCCAUUUCUGGAGAUCGAGUCAGUACCUGAAUACAUCUGGUUUGCCUGUGACUUCGGCUGGCCUGAUAACCCCUCCUACUGUGGGUGGAGUCAAGAUGUUGGGGAAGGUGCUGAAUGGCACAUAAGGAACAACAGCAAGCUGUUUGAUCGCAAACUGCCUAAUUUAGACCACACAGGGAGGCCUCAGAACUUCAUUUAUGCAGCUUCUGUUACAAACCCACAAACAGAGAUGGAGAGAAAUACCGAAACAGAGACAGAAGGAGAGAAUGUGAGAAAAGAAUGGGUGGCCCGACUGGCCAGUUUACCAGUCACGGCCCCGGAUUCAGACCUGUGCAUGUCUUUCUGGUACCACUUCACGGAGAAACACAAAGGAACGCUGGGCAUCAAACAGAGAAUAGAGCAGGAAGAUGAAGAGGGAAUCAGAAAAAUCACUGAGCUUCGAAUCCGCUCUAUAGACGGACAGGUGAAGGGAAGAUGGAGGGAAGGAAGAGUCGUGAUCCCCAGUGCCGACACACCAUAUCAGGUGAUCAUUGAGGCUCAUGUUGAAUCUGGUUAUAUCUCAGUGGAUGAUAUAAAGAUACUGGAUGAAGUGACUCCAGAAGAGUGCAAAGACCCAGAAUAUAAAGGAAUUACUGAAGAUGAUAUCGAUGCAGAGGACAAAAAACCUGACGAAGAUGACAUUGAUAACUGUGAGGGGGGCGACGAGGCCCUGUGGGGUUUUGGACGCGGUUCCAUGCUGAAGACUUUGGACCCCAUUCUGAUCACCAUCAUCGUGAUGAGCGCAGUGGGAGUUCUGCUGGGCGCCGUGUGCGGGGUUCUGUUCUACUGCGCGUGUGCGCACACAUCCAACCGAAACCUCUCGGCUCUUGAGAACUACAACUUUGAGCUGGUGGACGGAGUCAAACUAAAAAAGGAAAAACUCAGUGCACAGAAGUCUUACACAGAGGCGUGAGAAAUUGUCGAAGGAACGUUUUUUUGGAACGUCAUUGCAGACUGAGGCGUUUUAUUCUCAGGAUGUGCAGGAAGAGGGACUGGCCUCUAGAGGGCGCUAUGUAAAGAUUGUACAGCCAGAUGAUUGUCUAUUUGUUUGUUUGUUUGUAAAUUUGUUGCUGGUGCUGAGACCAAGACAAAAAUAUGUAUCUUCUCACACAGUUUUUUCUACGAGACCCUUUUUUUGUGAGGCAUAGCUGGAUUUACAGUGUUACUGUAGUGUUUAGAAAUGUAUGUUUAAGUUUGUUCGACUCACACUUCAUUCCAAUGGUGCCUUUAAAUGUGGUUUUGUUGCCUUUUUACAGUUGCUCAGUCAGACGUCAGAGUGUUAAAUGUCGAGUGUUACACCUUGUGAGUCAUUUUACAUGAACACAUUAAGUUUAACAAAACAAAACAAUAGAUAUACUGUUUAAAAAAUAUAUUCAGCUUGUUAAAACUGGUUGAACUUGUCCAUAGUUAUAAACUAGGACACCUGUAUGAACUUGGGAACUGACUUCAUACAUAUGCUAAAAUGACCUGGGACCGGUUGUUUGUGAAAAGAAAAAUGGCUCGGAAUAGUAAAACGUUUAUUUAUAUAAAGUUGAUAUUAACAUCGGGAUUGGCAGAGGGCAUAGUCUGGAUUAGUAAAGCCUGGCUUAAUGGCUAAAGUGAGAUUAAACAGACCCUGCCCUCUGACAGGAUUAUUUGCUUUUCUUUUAAAAUAGUUAAAAUAGUAAGGGUUUGUAGUUUUGUACCAGAUAUCAUGCAUCUCGGUUUUGCUUCUGUACAUCUGCUAAUAAAUGUCAUCGCGAUCCAGAGGAUCAUCUGUAAAAAUAUGGAGGGUCUUCUAGACUGCCAGCAGCCAGAUGGACCUCCUGAGACGCAUGGGGGAGAUGUUUACUGUGGGAGUAAAACUGAAGCCUAAAUGAAAACAAAGAGAACUGAUGUAAGACCUGCCCAUCCUGGAUAUUAAGAGUCAGAAAGGCACAAACUGUUUAGUGCACAAAAGCUGAGAUGACUGUACUGAAAAUGAGAUCCAUUUGACACACAAGAACAUGCAGUUUCGCUUCGACAACUGAGAGGCGAUGCCAAACAGCUUUUUCUCACCGAAGUGAACCAAUCUAUGUAAUUUUGCACUGAGAAUUAUAUUUAAUGAAGAAUUUAGACGGUAAUAAAAGUGUUAAUGACUUAAAAUUGAAAGAGAGAUCCAGCUGUCUGUGUAAUAGCUUACUUUUUUAAUGUUAUUUAAAAUAUUUUUCUUAAAUGUGA